AUGAAGCUGGUUAUAGAAGUCAUAGACGCUUACGACCUUAACCCGAAAGACGGUUCAGGCUCGGCCAGUCCAUACGUAGAGGUCGAUUUCAAUAACCAGCUCAGCCGAACCAAAACAAUCCCCAAAAACCUCAACCCCACUUGGAACCAAAAGCUCGUUUUCGAUCUUGACAAAACCCAACAAAGCUACCAUCACCAAUUUAUCCAAGUAUCCGUAUACAACGAGAGGAGGCCUUUCCCGAGUAGAAAUUUUCUCGGAAGGGUAAUCAUUCCUUGCUCGAAUCUCGUCAGGCAAGGAGACGAGGUGUAUCAGCGUUUUCACCUCGAUAAGAAGUCGUCACUCUUUUCGCUCUCGAGGGGCGAAAUCGGCCUCAAGAUAUAUAUCUCUCCCGAACCCAACCUCGACAUUUCGAAUAAUCCCCAAAACCCCACAAACCCCAUUUCUACUAAUAACUGUGCCAAGCCAGCAGAAGAUAAAGUCGAAUUUCCCGAUAAGAUCGUUUCCCAAGAAAAAACCACAGAGAUUACUAUACAAAAGCACCAAAUGGCCCCACAACCAAGAAUCACGCUGCGCACGAGACCCGAAGGUGUUCAUCGUCCAACAACAACGCCCCAUCGAGUGAAUAUCUCUCAUUCGGCCCCACAUAACGAGGAAUCUUUCGAGGUGAGAGAAUCUAACUCGUCUCCGCCAGGCGAGCACUGGACAAUGGGAAUGGGGGAAAGAGUGGCGGCGGGCCCUACCGCCACGUCAGACCUCGUGGAGCAGAUGCAAUUCCUAUACGUUCGGGUAGUCAGGGCCAGGGAGCUCCCAAAUGGCUGCAACCCGUAUGCUGAGGUCAGGCUCGGGAACUACCGCGGCCGAACCAGGCAAUCGGGUCAAACCACGAGCCCCGAGUGGAACCAAGUCUUCGCCUUUUCCAAGGACCAAAUCCAAUCCUCGACUCUAGAAGUCGUCGUCAGGGAGAACAAAGAGAUUAUCGGCCGAGUCACGUUCGACCUGAACGAGGUACCCACGCGGGCCCCGCCCGACAGCCCCCUCGCCCCACAGUGGUACAGGCUCGACUCCGUUCUCGGGGAGGUCAUGGCGGCCGUUUGGAUGGGGUCGCAGGCCGACGAGGCCUUCCCGGACGCUUGGCACGCGGACGCGGCCUCGGUUUCCGGCGAGGGAGUUCUCAAUGUCCGCUCGAAAGUUUACGUCUCCCCGAAACUGUGGUACCUUCGGGUCAACGUGAUCGAGGCCCAAGACGUAGUCCCCAACGACCCUAAUCGGGCCCCGGAAGUCUCCGUAAAGGCCCGGUUAGGGAACCAGGUGCUCCGGACGAGGGCUUCCCAGGCCCGAACGGUAAACCCGGUGUGGAACGAAGAUUUAGUGUUCGUGGCAGCCGAGCCUUUCGAGGAGCAUCUAAUACUUUCGGUCGAGGACCACACGGACGACGUGAAGCUCGGGAGCAUAACUCUGCCCCUGACUGUUUUCGAGAAGAGGCUCGACUAUCGAGCGGUCCAUUCCCGUUGGUUCAACCUCAAGAGGUUCGGAAGGGAUCAUAAAUUCUCGAGCAGGAUACACGUGAGGGUCUGUCUCGAGGGAGGAUACCAUGUAUUGGACGAGUCGGCAAUGUACAUAAGCGACACGCGGCCGACGGCAAAGCAGCUCUGGAAGCCACCUAUCGGGAUACUCGAAGUCGGGAUAUUAGGUGCGCAGGGGCUUCUGCCGAUGAAGGUUAAGGAUGUCAGAGGGAGCACGGAUGCUUACUGCGUGGCUAAAUACGGACAGAAGUGGGUCCGGACGAGGACCGUUCUCGACAGCUUCAGUCCGAGGUGGAACGAGCAGUACACGUGGGAAGUUUACGACCCGUGCACUGUCCUAACGAUUGGAGUCUUCGACAACUGCCACUUGGGAGGAGGAGUCGAGUCGAGAGGAGACUCGCGGAUUGGGAAGAUCCGCAUAAGACUGUCCACACUCGAGGCCCGAAAAGUGCACACGGGCUCGUACCCUCUUCUUGUUCUGCACCCGUCGGGCCUGAAGAAGAUGGGGGAGCUCCAGCUGGCAGUCAGAUUUACAACACUCUCUCUGGCCCAAACGCUGCAUGUCUACACUCGUCCACUCCUUCCCAAAAUGCACUAUUUACACCCGUUCACCGUGAACCAAAUCGAGAAUCUAAGGUACCAAGCGAUGGGAAUCGUGGCUGCCAGGCUGGGCCGGGCCGAACCCCCGCUGAGAAAGGAAGUGGUCGAGUACAUGCUGGACGUGGAUUCGCACAUGUGGAGCAUGAGGCGAAGCAAAGCUAAUUUCUUCCGGAUAAUGUCGCUUGUCUCGGGCCUCGUGUCUGCCGGCCGGUGGUUUAACGAUGUCUGUAGCUGGAAAAAUCCGGCCACCUCAAUUCUAGUCCACGUCCUGUUCCUCAUCCUCGUCUGUUACCCGGAACUCAUACUCCCGACCAUUUUUCUCUACGCGUUGCUCGUCGGGCUGUGGAACUACAGGGCCCGUCCGAGGGGCCCGGCCCGCAUGGACUCGAGGCUUUCGUGGGCCGAGGGGGCUGGGCCCGAUGAGCUGGACGAGGAGUUGGACACGUUCCCGACGAGCCGGGGCCCGGAUUUGGUGCGUAUGAGGUAUGAUCGGCUGAGGAGCGUGGCGGGAAGGGUGCAGACGGUGGCUGGUGACGUGGCGGCGCAGGGGGAAAGGGUGGGCUCGUUGCUGAGCUGGCGGGACCCGCGGGCCACUGCCCUGUUCGUUUUGUUCUGCCUGUGUUCGGCUGUGGUGCUGUACGUGACGCCUUUUCGGGUCGUGGUGCUUGCGGUGGGGCUUUACGUGCUGAGGCACCCGAGGUUCAGGAGCAAGAUGCCGUCCGUGCCAAGUAAUUUUUUCAGGAGAUUGAGCGCGAGGACAGAUGGCAUGCUGUGA